AUGGAGAGGUCUCGCGGAAGAGAUGAAGGCUGGAGGUGAAGAAUGGUUGAGGAGAUACGAACAAAGAGGAGAUGGGUUGCGUCUAAUCCUCAAGAGCAACUUGUGUGUUCCUCAAGAUUCUUUUAGAAUCACUCCACGUCUCUCUCGAAAGUUACAAAAUGGUUCAGUGGAUCAAGCUUGGAGAACGGAUGGGUUUAAUACGUAUCAAUGGUUGAAGCCAAGUAGUGGUCUGUUGCUCAAAGAUGUCUGUCGCGUUGAAGCUGAUGUUUGCAUUCACGGAAUCACUAGUGCAAACAAGAGAACAACAAUUGCAACACAGGUAAAUCAUAAUUCUAUGGUCUUUUAAAUCGUAGGUUCGUAGGUUCAUAUUGAUGUUGAUUUAGAAAUUUUGUCUGAAAUGAAUAGAUUUUGAAUCUUGUCUGAAAUGUGUUAGGUUAGUCUAGGAUUAUAUGGUUGUGUUAGGUUAGUCUAGGGUUAAGAACCCCUAAAUAAGAUACUACCAUUGGAGACCCAAAAUCAGGAGGUUUCUUAACUUAGGUUCUUAAUUACUUUUACUUACUAAAAUAAUGAAUAAGAGACCCAAAUGG